AUGGAGAACACAAGAGUAUUCGUCUCUGGCCUUCCGCCUACCCUGUCUAAUGAAGACCUGGGAAAGCAUUUCUCGUCUCGCUUCCCAGUGACGGAUUCCCAUGUCAUCCCCAAUCGUCGAAUUGGCUUUGUGGGAUUCAAAGACGCAGAAAUUGCAAAGGAGGCUGCUAAAUAUUUCAAUAAAACUUUUCUUAGGAUGUCCAAGAUAUCCGUGGAAAUGGCUCGUCCAGCUGGAGAAAGCAAACCUACUAGAAAUAGAAAUCAGUUCCACCGAGACAGCACAUCCGAAGCUAGUAACCUGAAACGAAAACGUGAUGCAGAGAACCCCAAAGAUGACGCCAAGUUGCAAGAGUUUCUCAAUGUGAUGCAACAUCCUUCAAAGACGAGGACUUGGGCCAAUGAUGAUAUCAUCCCUGCUGCUACAACUCCGUUGGAACCUGUGGUUGUUGAAACACAAGACCCGAGUCAUGAACAGCCAUCUCGACCGGUCAAAAAGUCUAAAGUGGUCGAAACGGAGACCCCACGUCAGGCCACAAAAACGUCAGCCGUGCAAACUGAUACAAAUGGUGACGGAAGUCAGCCUGAAAGAGGUGACAAACCCGAAGGAGAAGCCUCCGAAGAAGAAGAUCAACCAAAGUCCGACAUGGAUUGGCUUCGGUCAAAAACCAGUCGUCUCUUGGGUCUUCUAGAUGAGGAAGAACAAGAAGAGUCCAGCCCGCAGCCUGCUGCACCUGCUAAUAAUACCGUUGAACCGAUCGAGGAAGAAGAUAGCGACGAGGUUGAAGAGACACUAGUUGCAGAAGAGCCUGCAGAGGAAAAAGAUUAUAAUGCUGAUGUCGAGCUUAUCCGUAUCUCCGGCCGACUGUUCCUUCGGAAUCUCGCCUAUGAUGCUACCGAAGCGGACUUGGAGACCAUCUUCGCUCCCUUCGGAAAGAUUGACGAGAUACAUGUUGCUUUCGACACCCGCACAACCUCCAGCAAAGGCUUCGCCUACAUACAAUAUGUGGAUCCUUCAUCGGCAAUUGAGGCGUAUAAGAACCUCGAUGGAAAGGAUUUCCAAGGUCGCUUGCUUCAUAUUCUACCAGCCUCGGCCAAAAAAUCAUAUAAAAUCAAUGAUUACGAAUUGUCCAAAUUACCGUUGAAACAACAGAAACAGGUCAAGCGGAGAAUGGAAGCUUCUUCAUCUACCUUUAACUGGAAUUCUCUUUAUAUGAAUUCCGAUGCAGUCAUGUCAUCUAUUGCAGACCGACUUGGUGUUUCGAAGUCGGAUCUGCUUGACCCUACAUCUUCGGAUGCUGCUGUAAAGCAGGCACAUGCAGAAACGCAUGUGAUCCAGGAGACAAAAGCAUAUUUCACUGCGAAUGGUGUCAACAUAGAUUCUUUCAAGCAGCGCGAGCGCGGUACAACUGCAAUUUUAGUCAAAAACUUUUCUUACGGCGUCAAGGCUGCCGAGAUAAGAAAGCUGUUUGAGCCUUUUGGGCAGUUAACCCGCUUGCUCAUACCUCCUAGUGGUACGAUUGCUAUUGUUGAGUUUGCAAAACCUGACGAAGCUUCAAAGGCUUUUAAAGGAUUGGCAUAUCGCAAGUUGGGCGAUUCAAUAUUGUUUCUGGAACGUGCGCCGAAGGAUCUGUUUGAGUCACCACCCACAGGGUCGGCUCUAAUUGCAGGCGUUGAGGGACCUGAAGGGAAAUCUCAAGGAUUCUCCGCUGCCGAAACAUUUGCCGCGGAGGACAACGAGCCUCAAUUGCCUACAUCAACACUGUUUGUCAGAAAUCUUAACUUCACUACAACCAGCGCACGUCUUUCGGAAGUCUUUGCAUCAUUGGAUGGCUUCUUGACUGCCAAAGUCAAAACGAAAACCGACCCGAAACGACCGGGAGAGACGCUCAGCAUGGGUUUUGGUUUCAUCGAAUUUCGGACCAAGGAACAAGCCCAGGCAGCCUUGGCGGUUAUGGAUGGUUACACUCUGGAUCAACAUAAGCUGGUGGUCAAGACGUCUCACAAGGGCAUGGACGCAGCAGAAUCUAGACGACAAGAAGACACGGCCAAGAAAGUGGCGGCGAGAAGAACCAAAAUUAUCAUCAAGAACUUGCCAUUCCAAGCCACCAAGCAUGACGUGCGAUCCUUGUUUGGCGCAUACGGACAGCUUCGGUCCGUGCGAGUUCCGAAGAAAUUUGAUCGUUCAGCUCGUGGUUUCGCUUUUGCAGACUUUGUAAGCUCUCGCGAGGCAGAAAAUGCCAUGGAUGCUUUGAAGAAUACCCAUCUUUUAGGCCGAAAGUUGGUGCUAGAAUAUGCAUCUGCGGAGGCAAUUGAUGCCGAGGAGGAGAUUCGUAAUAUCGAAAAGAAGACUGGCCAACAGUUGGAUAGACAAAAACUGCAGAGUCUUACUGGAACAGGAAGGAAGAAGUUUGUUGUAGGGGCAGCAGAAGACGAGGGUUAA